AUGGUGCCUCCCAAGAAAUCAAAGAAAAGCAAGAAAGAUAGGAAAUUGAAGAAAAGCUUAAGCUUGGUUCCAGUCGAGCCUAAAGCCGCAUACUCUGAUUGGUGGGAUAGUUUCUUCAACCCAAGAGAAGGCCUUGUGUCGAGGCCACCGUCAGUUCUCAUCAACAUAGAAGGAAGGCUUCUUAGUGUUGAGAAACAGGUUGCAAUCGCCCUGAGAAGGUUGGCAUCCGGUGAGUCUCAAGUCUCAGUGGGAGCUGCCUUCGGGGUAGGCCAGUCCACAUUUUCUCAGGUGACUUGGAGAUUCAUUGAAGCAUUGGAAGAACGUGCCAAGCACCAUCUCAAGUGGCCUGAUUCCAACAGAAUGGAAGAAAUAAAGUCCAAACUUGAAGAAGCCUUUGGAUUGCCCAAUUGUUGUGGAGCCAUAGAUGGUACACACAUCAUUAUGACCCUUCCUACUGUUCAAACAUCAGAUGAUUGUUGUGACCUGGAGAACUACAGCAUGCUCUUGCUGCAGGGAAUUGUUGACCAUGAGAUGAGGUUUCUUGACAUUGUAAGUGGCUGGCCUGGGGGCAUGACGGUGUCUAGACUUUUAAAGUGUUCAGGAUUUUUCAAGCUCUGUGAAGGUGGACAGUGUUUGAAUGAAAAUGUUAGAACUUUAUCUGGAGGAGUAGAGAAUUAG